GACACGUACAAGGGCAUGAAAAGGAAGAGGGACGGGGACGUGGGUAGGGACAACAGCAGGAGCACGGGAAGGAACAGGGACAAAGGUUACCUUAUGGCUAAAGAAAAUAUAUGGGGAUAUGCCUAUUCCAGAGUAUGAGGUGAAUGAAAGGACGGUGGAUAUUUUGCAUGAAGUUAUGGAGUGCAAUGAAGAGAGAGACAAGGAUGUUACAUUGCUGAUAGAGGACAUGAAGGACCGGGCUGCCAAAUACGAAGAAGAAGCUAAGUACUGGCAGGAUAUUCUUGGAGAAAGCUUGGGUCUCUCUGAAGGCAGUCUGUCCCUAGAAGCCAUCACAGACCUCACUGAUCUGGUAGAAAGUGCAGUGGAACUCAAAGUGGAGGACACGUCUCUUACCAGCUUCUACAGUGCCAUCAAUAACAUGACCUCAGAAUUGUAUGAAACAAAAUCAGAAAACGAAGAACUGGAACUGGAAUUGCACACCCUCACAAAAAAGCUAACUUCAGCACUGAUGAUGGAAAAGAAGUUAGAGGAGGAUAUUGAAAAAUUAAAGGAAUCUCAAGAAGCAGAAAAGGCUGAAGCUGAGAUUCAAUUAAAGGACUUGAAGUUCCUGGAAAAUAAAUCUGUGGAUCUAAAAAUAAGGAUCAGUGAUGCUGAGGAAAAGCUUGUUGCCAUGGGGAUGGACCAAUCCCUGACACAUGAGGCACUCAUGAAAUCGUCUGAGGAACUGGCUGCACUGGAGAAAGAAAUUGAGCCAUUGAAGAAUGAAGUGGCAUCCUACCAUGAUUUACCUCUUAGCAUUCCCCUGGCACGAGUGAAGGUCGAAGAAGCGAGAAAAGAACUUAAAGCCUUGGAAGAAGAGUUCACGAGGGAGGUCCAGGCUCUGCCUUUUGAGAAGACAUAGCCCAGCAAGCCCCAGUUCACCUCAAGUGACCUGUGUGGAACAUGUUUUUCCUUCUGUUGCCUACUUGUACAUAGCAAUGCAUUUCAGAAUUCUUACUGUACCUUGGCAGCUUCCUGCUAUGUUCUUCUCUCUGUUGGCCUUGUGCUUGUAAACUUCACUACUUUUCAUUAAAUAACCUCCACACUU